AUGAACUUGGUUAUCCCGGCAGUGAGGCUAAUGUGCCUGGCCUGGCUGUGUCCCGUGACCUUACUUAAAGGAACCAACACUCCAAACCACCGCAGGAAUAAGGACGUCUACCUUGGGGAAAAUACACGACACAAGCAUGGGGGCCGAAUAGACUUUAAAAUGAAGAAGUCUGACAGUACCAAAUCUCUCCUGAUUAAAUCUGAGCAGCUUCUUCGUAUUGAGGAUCAUGACUUCGCUAUGAGACCUGGUUUUGGAGGCUCGGCUAUUCCAGUGGGCAUCGAUGUACAGGUGGAGAGUAUCGACAGUAUUUCCGAGGUCAAUAUGGACUUCACGAUGACCCUGUACCUCAGACAUUACUGGCAGGAUGACAGACUGGCGUUCCCCUCCAGCAGCAACAAAAGUCGAACGUUUGACGCUCGGCUGGUGAAAAAGAUCUGGGUGCCAGACGUGUUCUUCGUUCAUUCCAAGCGUUCUUUCAUUCAUGACACAACUAUGGAAAACAUCAUGCUUAGAGUCUAUCCAGAUGGAAAUAUUCUUUACAGUGUCAGAAUCACAGUGACGGCUCUUUGUUCGAUGGACUUCAGCAGGUUUCCUUUAGACACACAGAACUGUUCUCUAGAGCUGGAGAGUUACGCAUACAAUGAGAACGACCUCAUGCUCUAUUGGAAGAAUGGGAACGAUUCAUUAAGGACUGACGAAAUUGCUCUCUCGCAGUUUUUUGUUGAAGAAUUCCACCCUUCCUACGGGCUAGCCUUCUACAGCAGCACCGGCUGGUAUAACAGGCUGUACAUAAACUUCAUCCUCAGAAGACACAUUUUCUUCUUCAUGCUGCAGACGUACUUUCCCACAAUGCUUAUGGUGAUGCUCUCCUGGGUUUCUUUUUGGAUCGACAGGAGAGCUGUACCGGCUCGAGUCUCUCUGGGAAUCACGACUGUGUUGACCAUGUCUACAAUAAUAACAGGUGUUUCAGCAUCCAUGCCUCAGGUGUCUUAUGUCAAAGCGGUGGACAUUUACCUCUGGGCCAGUUUUCUCUUCGUUUUCCUGUCAGUCAUUGAGUACGCUGCCGUAAACUACUUCACCACGGUGGAGGAGAUGAAGAAACUUAAAAACGCAAAGCUCCCAGUUUCCUAUGAUGCAACCCAAGCUAUGGCAUACGAUGGCUGUUUUCACGAUGAUAUUGACGUUUCACCUUUCCCUGAUCUUCCGGUCACGUCCACCACGACACGGACGAUUCCGCCCACAGCUUCCUCUAUUGAGGCACCGCCCACUGAGGGCACCAGACUCUGGAAGAAAAGAUCAGUCCGCAGCAACAUCAGAUUCAUCAUGAGCAACAGUUACAUGAUUGACUCGUACUCCAGAAUCCUCUUUCCUGUUGCGUAUCUUCUCUUCAACAUCAUAUACUGGUGUAUUUACUCUUGAUUAUGUAAAAGGCUUUCUGAUCAUUCACUGUAACAAAUAGUCAUAGAUAAGCCGACAGUUAUCACUACAGACAAUUUGUGUGACAUUAAACUUUGGGCCUGCUGUGGCCAUCGAGCAAUAGGUCUGAGGAAGUGGAAAAUGAAAACAGAAGAAAUAAUGGACAGUACAUGCUGCCAUCACACUUCUCAAGAGACCUUUUAAAAGUUUUGGAUUCUUCAGGGGAUUUGAAGGAAUAUUUUGUUUUAUUGUUGUUGACAAUGAAGCACAUUCUCUGAUGGAGGACUCUAUUUGGGGACAUAAUUUAUACUUUUAAACCAUAGAGGCAGAAAAUCCCAUUGUAUUAAUGCUUUAAAUUGGCAUGUCAGAAGCUAUGUGGAUGAAAUCCUCUACAUUUUAAACUCUGCUCAGUAAAACCGACAUCAGGAUAGUCUGGAUUUAUUGGCAGAACUUUUUUUUGGUGGUUUAGGUAUACAAGACACGUCAAUAAUAAACACGUAUGCAAUAUUGGCUCAUUCACAACAAUAAAUAAAACGUAUAAGAUGUUGAAAAGACAAUGCCAAAGAAUUUAGUAGAAAUGUUAAUUUACAGUGUUUUAAUAUUGUACAUUUCAUAACAUUAACAACAGAGAAGAAUAUAUUUACAACUAAUAUGUUUAGAUUUGAUGCUAUAUAAUGCUUAUGAAACACUGUCAAUCGACUGAUAAA